AUUAGAAAAAUCAAUUAUAGAUGACAAAAAUCUUCGAAGAAUGAACCUUUUUGAUAGUACUUGUAUAUAUACAUAAAAAGUCACUGUUUAUGUUAUCUAAAUAUGAAUAUUUUCCAGAUAUCAUUCCUUCACCACCUCCUCAUACUCUACUAAUGCCACUAAAAUCAGAAAACAAUGUAAAAAGCAAAGGUAAGGUUUAUAGACCAACAGCUCUACCAAAAAAUCUUAUAGUGGAAAUCAAACGCGGCGUGAAAUUGAAGCCGGUGAAGCCAGUAGUUUCAGUAAUAGAAAAUCCAAAAAUAAACGAAAAUGAUUUUGAAAGAAUGAACCCAUUAGGUAUUCCAAUGUUUCGUCGGGCAAGUAUGAUGUCGAGCAGUUCUAGCUCCGAUACGUCAUCGGAAUACUUUUCUCUAGAUGAAUGGGAUAACUAAAUAAAAAUUAAUCGAAAAGUAAAACUUGAAUAAACAAUGGCAAGUGGUAAUUAAUAAGUCAACCGCCCCUGAGCAUAGUUACUGUGUA